AACGUAAAAAAAAAACCUCCUCCCCGCGAAAUUGCCCGAUGCCGCCGCCACCGCCGCCUUCCCCAACCUCCGCCGCACCCACCCCGCCAGCACCCCCAACCAAACCACCCCUGUGCCCGCGCCACAUCGCCGCGCUAGUCCUGAACCACCCGUCCUCCACGCUGAACGCCGCGUCGGCGCGCUCCCUCUCGGCGUCCCUCCUCGCCGCCGCGCCCGCGCCCGCGCUCCCGAUCCCGGCCCCCGUGGCCAACGCCGUGCUCAAGCUCCUGUGGCACCACGCUCCCCGCGCACUGCUCUUCUUCCACGCCCUGCUCCGCCUGCCCCCGGGCGCGCGCGAGCUCUCCCCGUGCACCGUCGACCUCGCGCUCGACCUCGCCGCGCGCCUGCGCCACCCGCGCCAGCUCACCAGCUCCGUCCUCGCGCUCUUCCCGCGCCACGGGCUCGCCUUCACCCCGCGCACGUUCCCGAUCCUGUUCGAGCGGUUUGCGCUGUCGCAGCGCCGCCCCGACCUCGCCGUCCGGCUCUUCCUCUCGCUCCACCGCUCCCACGGCGUCGCGCAGGACCUUCCGCUGUUCAACUCCCUCCUCGACGCUCUCGUAAAGUCGCGGCACGCCGGCAAGGCCGCCUCCCUCGUCCGUGCCCUCGAGCGGCGGUUCCCCCCUGACGCGGUCACGUACAACAUCCUCGCCGACGGAUGGUGCCGCGUCAAGGACACCUCCCGUGCGCUCGACAUUCUGCGGCUGAUGGUUGAGUCAGGGAUUGCCCCAACGAAAGCCACAUAUAACAUUAUCCUCAAAGGCUUCUUCCGUUCUGGACAAUUGCAGCAUGCAUGGGACUUCUUCCUCCAGAUGAAGAAGAGAGGCAUCACCGACGAGAACUGUAAGCCUGACGUCGUGUCGUACACCACCGUACUCCAUGGGUUGGGUGUAUCCGGGCAGCUGGACAAAGCUCGCAAAGUGUUCGACGAAAUGUCUAAAGAAGGAUGCUUACCUUCAACGGCGACUUAUAAUGCUUUAAUUCAGGUAAUCUGUAAGAAGGGCAAUGUGGAGGAUGCUGUGGCAGUCUUUGAUGAUAUGAUUGGAAAAGGUUAUGUUCCAAAUGUGGUUACAUACACCGUCUUGAUCCGAGGCCUCUGCCAUGCCGGGAAGAUUGAUCGAGCUAUAAAGCUUUUGGAGAGGAUGAAGAGCGAAGGUUGCGAGCCUAAUGUUCAGACAUAUAAUGUCCUUAUAGGGUAUUCGUUUGAGGACGGGGAAAUCGAGAAGGCUUUGGAUUUGUUUGAGAGAAUGAGCAAGGGUAUGGAGUGCUUGCCCAACCAAGAUACAUAUAAUAUUAUAAUAAGUGCAAUGUUUGUGCGUAAGAGGGCAGAGGACAUGGCAGUGGCUGCGACGAUGGUGGUGGAUAUGGUUGAUAGAGGCUACCUGCCUAGAAGGUUUAUGUUCAAUCGUGUACUGAAUGGAUUAAUGCUGACUGGGAAUCAAGAGCUUUCAAGGAAGCUCUUGAGGAUGCAGGAGAAAUAUGCACGCUUGCGACGAGAAAUAAGAUUGUAAUUAGCAUUUGGUUUCUUGAAUGCUAUAUGCAUUCAACAUUUUCUUCAUUUUUCAACCUGGGUACAGACUACCGAAGAUCAGAAUCAAGGUGCAACACUGGAGUACCCAGUCAAUUAAUACUCCCUGCUGUCCCAUGAUCCCAAGAUUAUUGAUCUCUCUCAUUUUGGAACUGAGACUUCAUUGUUUGUUGGGUGGUGUGUAUGUAGCAAAUAUACCGCGAACCAUUCUGAUGACUAGUGUGGAUCAACUUGCUGACGAACAUCAAUAAGGAAUCAGGGGCUCUGGUGCCUACUCUCACUCACUAGCAUCCAGUUUGUAACAUGAGAUACUAUUAAGUAAUCAGUAUCCGACAUCCAAUCCCAACAGUAUUAAUGCAAGUCGCAGAACAAGAUACGUGCCACGGCAUUCAAUUGUGAUGCACCGUGUGCAUUUGGCACACAACCUGGCGUUUUACCGAUCGGUCAUCUCAAGUUAACGAAUGAACCAACCUAUAAUUUCUGAAGUAAACUGCCAGCUACCAUUCUUCAACGGAACCCAUAGGUCCAAUGGAGUAGAUGCAUUUUGCUGUUCAUUUUGGGCUUUCGGCUGCUGCUAAGCAUUCAGAAGCAAACAUAACAUAGGAGAAGUUGCCUAGUUGGCUUAGGCCAAAAUAUACGACUUGCAACUAGGUAAAACCUUGUAAAACCUUCUAUUCAUAUUGGGUGAGACUAUUUAUGCUAUGUUUUCCAUGGGCACAUCCUUUGUUGACCGAACCUUGCAAGACCUUGAACAUUGGGAGCAGAAAGUAGCAG